AUGGAACGUCCGCCCACCUAUUUUACAAACGGGAAUCCUUUUGUGGGCCUAUUCGAUCCGAAGUGUGUUGUCAUCCAGGGUGAUUGUCCCAAUGAGAAUGUGACAUUUUGGCUAUAUACCAAUGAAACUCAAAAUACUCCCCUUAAAUUGGAUCCAUUAAAUCUAUCAGCGGACCUCUUUAAGCCUGCCAAACCUCUGUACAUAAUUUUACAUGGUUAUACCGGAGAUCGUGAUUUCUCACCGAAUACCUAUAUACGUCCAGCUCUGUUAGAAACUCAAGAUGUCUAUGUGAUUUCGGUGGAUUAUGGUCCUCUCGUGCCCUACCCCUGCUAUUUUGCAGCAGUACAAAAUCUACCGCUGGCCAGUAAAUGUUUGGGUCAUCUAAUCAACACCAUGGUCGAUCAGAAUAUUGUGGAAAAUGACAGCAUCCAUAUUAUUGGUUUUAGUUUGGGGGCUCAGGUGGCAGGGCAAACGGCAAAUUAUCUCAAGAGGCGGUUGAAAAAGAUAACGGGUUUGGACCCCGCCAAGCCCAUGUUUGUUACAGUGGGUUCCGAUCGCAAGCUGGAUGCCACAGAUGCCGAAUUUGUCGAUGUCAUACACACCGAUGUAUUGGGUCGUGGCAUGCUAAGAUCUAUGGGUCAUGUGGAUUUUUAUCCAAAUAUUGGUCCCUAUCAGCCGGGCUGUCAAAUGGAUAAUAUGGAGGAUCCCGGUAGCUGUAAUCAUGAUCGUGCCCCUCAAUACUAUGCUGAAUCAAUACGCAACCCAGAGGGAUUUUGGGCCUAUGCCUGUCCCAGUUGGCUGCACAAUGUCUUUGGCCUCUGCAAUCCCUAUUCGAAUGAUGAAAUUAUGGGUCAUCGGGUCAAGAGGAGUGCCUCCGGUUCCUAUUUCCUGAAAACGCACGACAAAUCACCAUUUGCCAUGGGCAAACUGGUAUCGCAAAAUGGCCGACGUCAGCCCAUGCUCUACGAUUACAAGGAUAUUUACGAUGAAGAUUUCGAGCCUCAGCUACGUAAGGCAUUCGUUGAUUGGACCGAUUAUGAUUUUGUAGAAUUUCGAAAAAUGACACAUUUCGAUGAGCGGCACAGUAGCAGUAGUAGUUCGGCAAAAUACUGA